CUUUCGUCUCCAUGAACGCAAAAGCAUUGAUCAUCAGUAGCUAACUAACCAGCGAGCACGAGCGUGCAAGGCUAGUUUAGAUUCAGAAAAGGAGCGAGUGCUUUUUUUGCUGGGAUUAAUCAGCAAGUUCUUGGGUGAACAUGAUGGCGGGCGGCGGCGGCGGCGGCGGCUACUCGCCGUACUACCAGCCGGCGCCGUACUACUACAACUACUACCCGCAGCAGCCGCGGCUACGAGGCGGCGGCGGGCGGCCGUCGGUGUGCGUCUUCAUCCUCCUCGCGAUGGUCUCCCUCAUCGCCGCCACCUCGCUGUUCGCGUGGUGCGAGUCGGCGGUGGGGAGCCUGCUCGACCAGCUCCGGCGCCUUCUCAUCCUGUCCCCGCUGCUGCUCAUCGUCGCCGUGCAGCUCUGGGUGGCGACCGGCGGCGACGGCGGAGGGGGCGGCAUCAUGUGCGCCCUCUCGGAGAUGGUAGCGGGGGACCACAGGCGGCAGUACGGGUACGGGUACGGCGUCGGCGGCGCGGCCGGCGCCGGAUCGUCGCCGUGGGGCGUGGCGCUGGCGUUGGUGCUCGUGCUCUUCCUGGUCUCGUUCCAUUCGUCGUUCCAGGAGAGGUGGUUUCCUCUGCUUGGCCGGUGAAAAUAAAGAUUGCUAGAGUAUUUGUGAAGGAGAUCCGGCUGCUAUGGUAGUACAAGAUCAGCUUACAUUUUUAUCUCUACGCUGUUAUGGUAGCAUGAGAUAAUUAGUUUACAUCUUUAUUUUUAGAAUUGUAAGACUUAAGCUACCAUGUACUCUGUACUACUUACAGCAAUAUUACCACAUUUAAGCGCUAUAAAUAUGUGCUUGAUUUAGGCCAA